AUGGAUACUGAAACUCUAUCAUUCUCCACUCUUAUUCACAUGAUUACCAUUAAACUCUCUUCCUCUAAUUACCUACUAUGGAAAAAUCAGAUUCUUCCCCUCCUCUCUUCUCAAAACUUGCUCGGCUAUAUCGGCGGCACCAAAAUAGCCCCUCCCUCGACUGUUACAAAUGCGGCUGGCAUUAGUGCUCCCAAUCGUGCUUAUGAAGCGUGGCACACUCAAAAUCAGAGGCUUCUCAGUCUUCUUCUCUCCUCUCUCACACUCACAGAAGAAUCAAUGGCGGAGGUCAUUGGAUGCUCUACCUCGCAAACCGUUUGGCUUGCUUUGGAAGCGGCCUACAACCACCGCUCCAAAUCUCGCGAACUUCGCCUAAAAGAUGAUCUUCAACUCAUGAAGAAAGGUGAUUGUCCCAUUUCCGAAUACGGUCGCAAAUUUAAAUCCAUAUGCGAUCAACUUGCGGCCAUUGGUCGUCCGGUUGAUGAUACCGAUAAAGCCCAUUGGUUUCUACGUGGCCUCGGCUCUGAUUUUUCAAGCUUCUCAGCUGCGCAGAUGGCUCUCACGCCCCUCCCUACCUUCCGCGACCUUCUCUCCAAAGCAGAAAGCUUUGCUCUCUUUCAAGAAUCUCUUGCUUCCUCCGGUGCAUCAAAUGUCGCCUUCUACAGCCAACACAAACCGUCUGGUCAUUUUUCCACUCCCUUAUGUGGUCGUGGAAAUGGUUCUCGCGGUCGUGGAUGUGGGCGACAUUCGAAUCGCUGCCCCCCACGCUGCCAAAUUUGCCGUGUGGAUGGUCAUUAUGCAACUUCUUGUCCGGAGCGCUAUACUCAACCGCCUCAUUCCUCUAUCGCCGCCAACUUAGCAGAAGCAUUUUCAGCAGGUUGUUCCUUAUCUAAAUCUGAAUGGUCUGAUUGGUUUCUUGAUACCGGCGCAUCGGCACAUAUGACUCCGACUUCUGAAAAUCUCGAUUCCUCUCAACCUUAUUCUGGCAUGGAUCGUGUGGUUGUAGGUAAUGGUGCUCAUCUUUCAAUAUCUCGUAUUGGUUGCUCUCGUCUUUCGGAUUCUUUUCAAUUAUUAGACGUUUUGGUCGUCCCUGAUCUCACCAAAAACUUGUUAUCUAUCAGCAAGCUUACAUCUGAUUUCCCCGUUGAAGGUAUUUUUCUAAUCUUACCUUUGUUAUUCAGCAUCGGCACACCAAAGAAGUACUGGCAACAGGUCGACGGAAAAAGGUCUUUAUGUUCUGGAGCAUGUUCGUCCAGCUUUGCUGGCUGA